CGCGCGCAGUAUCCCUGCACGACUGUCACAGCAGUCAUCUUCGGUCCCGAGAGGACCAGACCGGCUUCGACUUGUUAGUUUGUUAAAGUCUGUUACCGUUUCAUAACUUGUACCUACAAUAUGCAAAUGAGUAGGAAUGUACGAACCAACUUUUCGUCAAUAGAACUGCCAGACGACUAAGCCUGUACACACUAUGAGGAGUUGAACAGUAUAUUCCUAAAUCACUCAGGACUGCAGGAAUGGCCUUCUUCAAGCAACAGAGAGUGGAGGAUUUCUAUGAUAUUGGUGAAGAGUUGGGAAGUGGGCAGUUUGCCAUUGUGAAGCAAUGCCGGGAGAAACGUACAGGGCUGGAGUUUGCUGCCAAAUUCAUGAAGAAGCGCCGGAGCGUGGCGAGCCUGCGGGGGGUACGGCGGGAGGAGAUCGAGAGGGAGGUGAACAUGCUGCAGCAGACCCGGCACCCCAACAUCGUCACGCUGCACGACGUCUAUGAGAACCGCUCUGAUGUCGUUCUCAUCUUGGAACUGGUGUCUGGAGGAGAGCUCUUUGACUUUCUGGCCCAGAAGGAGUCUCUGAGUGAGGAGGAGGCCACCCAGUUCAUUAAACAGAUCUUGGAAGGGGUGAACUACCUCCACUCGAGAAAUAUAGCCCACUUUGAUCUCAAGCCAGAGAACAUAAUGCUUCUGGACAAGAACGCGCCAUUGCCGAGAAUCAAGCUUAUCGAUUUUGGCCUUGCCCACAAGAUUGAAGCAGGAGUUGAAUUCAAAAACAUAUUUGGAACUCCUGAGUUUGUGGCACCAGAGAUUGUCAACUACGAGCCACUGGGGUUAGAGGCAGACAUGUGGAGUAUAGGUGUCAUCACCUACAUCCUACUGAGUGGUGCUUCACCCUUCCUGGGAGAAACCAAACAGGACACACUUGGAAACAUUUCGGCCAUAAAUUAUGAGUUUGAUGAAGAGUUCUUCUGCCACACCAGUGAGCUUGCGAAGAAAUUCAUCAGGCAGCUGCUGGAGAGAGAUACAGGAAAAAGGCUAACAAUACAAGAUGCUCUUAAUCAUCAAUGGAUAAAGUCCAAUGAGCACAAGGAAGACAGCAAAGCCCCUGAGACCAAGCGGCGUGGGCGGCGUGAGCUGAAGACCAAGCGCCUCAGAGAGUACACCAUCAAGUCCCACUCUAGCAUGCCACCCAAUAACACCUAUGUCAACUUUGAGCGCUUCGCCCAGGUGGUGGAGGACAUUGGUCAAAUGGAAGGCUCCUUUGCCACGCUGGCAGCCACGCACGACACCCUGCAGGGGGAAAUCGAUGCCAUGGCGUCCCUGUACAAUGAGAAGGAGGCCUGGUACAAGGAGGAGAGCGAAGGCGUGCGCCACGAGCUCUCCCAGAUCCGCUACGAGUUCCGCAAGGUUGAGGCCAUGAAGCGGAGCAUGCAGGACGACAUGCGAGCCGUCGACGCCAACCUUGUCACUGUCGGCAACCGCUACCGGGAGCGCCAAAGCCGGUUUGAGGCACUGCGCAACGAACUCAGCGACGAGCUGAAGUGGGUGCAGGAGGUGGUGGGGUCGUUUCCCCCGAGUGGUGGGGGCAGCAGCGGCAGUUGCGCGGGAGGUCAUCCCAACUGCAGCUUCUCCAGUGUCUUCUCCAACGACGUGAACGAAGCGCUGAAGGAGCUGCUGAAUCGCUCAUGUGGAGGAGAGCUCCUCUCUGGAAUCAACCUGGACUUCACAGAGAGUGGGCAGCAGAGAUAAUGCCACUGCACGUAUACAGAUUUGGGUUAUUUAUAGAAGUGUGUACCGGAAACCAUAGGGGCUUUACUCUGUUUGUAGGAGCACUUUGAAAUCAGAUUCGUGACAUGAAUCGCUUCAAGAAUAAAACUGAGCAGUUGGUUCAACCUUAAAGUAGAUCAGGAGUCUCCCAACCAGAACUGCUCUUCCUGAAAACCACACCCCCACUGCUCAGUUCCACAUAUAUGUAGAUCCUCGCUGCUAUUUUUAAGGGAGCAUAUAAAUAUUUGGGAGUCACAGUGCAAACUGACUACAAACAUCAAAUGAAUAAAUGAGAACAUUCAUUAUGAGACUGUUAAAUGCGUAAUACAUCACCAAUGAGUAGAGAUUAAGAUCAUGCAGUUCAUUUUGAGUAUUUGUAUCAUGCUAUAUACUGUGGUUAUGGGUUUACUUUAACAACACAAAAAUAGAAAUGAUUAAGCCUGCACUAUGUAUGUUCCCAUUGGCAUCCGAGGAACUUUAUUUAGCUACAUUUCCCUGGAUGUUGUUUCUUGUAGAUGGAUGCGUUUCAUUUUUAAGAAUCUUUCAGACAUUAAAUAAAUAAAUUAAGUAAAUUACUCGAAAAGUAAUAUUGUGCUGGCAUUUUGUAAACUUUGCACAUUUAAAAAAUGGAAGACAUUUAAUUUGCUUUGUGAUUAAACGAAGAAUCCCUAUGUG